CCCCCUCCCUGUCACUAGUAACAACGGGCGGCCGCAGCUGCACUUCCCGUCCGGUCCCGGCUCUGGCAUGAGGCCCCGGCGCUCCCGGCCGGUGUGACAGGAGGUGUGGAUUGUUCUUAUUAGCUGGAACCAUGGUACAGAAAUAUCAGUCUCCCGUGCGGGUGUAUAAACACCCUUUUGAAUUAAUUAUGGCUGCGUAUGAAAAAAGGUUCCCUACCUGUCCCCUCAUCCCGAUGUUUGUAGCUAGUGACACUGUAAAUGAAUUCAAGAGUGAGGAUGGAGCUGUACAUGUCAUUGAAAGACGUUGUAAACUGGAUAUAGAUGCACCACGAUUGCUGAAAAAGAUUGCAGGAGUAGAUUAUGUUUACUUUGUCCAGAAGAAUUCCUUGAACAGGCGAGACCGAACUUUGCACAUAGAAGCCUACAAUGAAACUUUCUCUAACAGGGUCAUCAUUAAUGAGCACUGCUGUUACACGGUUCACCCUGACAAUGAAGACUGGACCUGUUUUGAACAGUCUGCGAGCCUAGACAUCAAAUCUUUCUUUGGCUUUGAAAGCACAGUAGAAAAGAUUGCCAUGAAACAAUACACCAGCAAUAUUAAAAAGGGAAAAGAAAUAAUAGAGUAUUACCUGAAGCAGCUGGAGGAGGAAGGGGUAACAUUUGUUCCUCGCUGGACUCCUGAUGCAUGUAAAUUGGAGAAGAGCACAUCUCUCACAGGCCGGCCAGUUUCCCCUGCUAUCAACAUACCAGAUACUGCCACAAAGGAGGGGCUGAAUAAUAAGGAGAUUCUCAACACCUCCAGCAGUCCAUCGGAGCCUACAGCAGGGACACCUGAUGACAAGCUGGAUGCAGAUUACAUCAAGCGCUAUCUGGGUGACUUGACACCAAUGCAAGAGAGCUGCCUCAUUCGACUUCGACAGUGGCUCCAGGAGACUCACAAGGGCAAAAUUCCAAAGGAUGAACAUAUAUUACGAUUCUUACGUGCUCGAGACUUCAAUAUUGACAAAGCCAGAGAGAUCCUUUGCCAGUCACUAACAUGGCGGAAACAGCACCAAGUAGACUAUAUUCUGGAUACCUGGAAUCCUCCUCAAGUUCUGCAAGAUUUCUAUGCAGGAGGCUGGCAUCACCAUGACAAAGAUGGGCGCCCGCUGUAUGUGUUGAGGUUGGGACAGAUGGAUACCAAAGGCUUAGUACGAGCUCUUGGGGAAGAAGCCUUGCUUCGCUAUGUUCUCUCUAUAAAUGAAGAAGGACUGAGGCGAUGUGAAGAAAAUACAAAAGUAUUUGGCAGGCCUAUAAGCUCGUGGACCUGUCUGGUGGAUCUGGAAGGUUUGAACAUGCGCCAUUUGUGGAGACCUGGUGUCAAAGCUUUACUGAGGAUCAUUGAAGUGGUUGAAGCUAAUUACCCUGAAACGUUGGGUCGUCUUCUCAUCCUGCGUGCCCCUAGGGUUUUCCCAGUCCUUUGGACGCUGGUUAGUCCAUUCAUUGAUGACAACACUAGAAAAAAAUUCCUGAUUUAUGCAGGGAAUGACUAUCAAGGUCCUGGGGGGCUCCUGGAUUACAUCGAUAAAGAAAUUAUCCCAGAUUUUCUUGGCGGAGAGUGUAUGUGUGAAGUUCCAGAGGGUGGGCUGGUUCCCAAGUCUCUAUACCGGACUGCAGAGGAGUUGGAAAAUGAAGACCUAAAACUGUGGACUGAAACAAUCUAUCAGUCUGCAAGUGUCUUCAAAGGAGCUCCACAUGAGAUUCUCAUUCAGAUUGUGGAUGCUUCAUCUGUAAUUACCUGGGAUUUUGACGUGUGUAAAGGCGACAUUGUUUUUAACAUUUAUCACUCCAAAAGAGCUCCUCAGCCUCCUAAAAAAGAAUCUCUUGGAGCCCAUAGCAUUACAUCUCCUGGUGGGAACAAUGUACAGCUGAUAGACAAAGUGUGGCAGUUAGGGCGUGAUUACAGCAUGGUAGAGUCUCCACUCACCUGCAGAGAAGGCGAGAGUGUGCAGGGGUCACAUGUGACUAGAUGGCCAGGCUUCUAUAUUCUCCAGUGGAAAUUUCACAGCAUGCCUGCAUGUGCUACAACUAGCCUGCCUCGUGUGGAUGAUGUACUGGCAUCUCUACAGGUCUCCUCCCAUAAGUGCAAAGUGAUGUACUAUACAGAAGUAAUAGGAUCAGAAGACUUCAGAGGAUCUAUGACCAGCCUUGAAUCAAGCCACAGCGGGUUCUCCCAGCUCAGUGCUGCCACAACUUCUUCCAGCCAGUCCCACUCCAGCUCCAUGAUUUCCAGGUAGUGCUACAGCAAAUGAAAAGCAAACGGAUGAGAUGGCUGGACCCUCGUCUGUGGCAGCUGACUGUAAUGCUGCGUAUUCAAGUGGCAAAUGCAAAAACAAAAGCCUUUUUUAUAGAUAGUAAAGUAGCUGUUCAAAUUUUAAACUUUGUGUUUUUGUUUAAGUUAGAUCUGACAGCUGAUCUCUAACUUCAACCCUAACCCUAACUCAGCCAUAGAUUUUUGUAUGCAUGCUUGCACAAAUCCUAACUUUAAACCACAAGGGCUCUCAUGGAAGGAAAGAAAUCAAUGUCUUGGUUAAGAAUUACUUUGUAAACUACUACCUGUAUGCAAAAACAAAACAAAAAAAAAACUCCACUCCCCAAACUACUCAGUGUAUUAGAAAGCAACAGUAAAGCUCCUGUCAGUAAGUUCCUUGCCACAUUAUGAAAUAUCCUGUGAUCUUCCAGCUGUUGUUAAACAUUCUCCCACGGCCAGUCACUGAUAUUCAAGGAACUAAAGAAAGCAGUUGUUGGAUGCUCAAGAUAACCUGGAUCACUGAUGAGCUACAUUCUGUUUUUCCGAGUCACUGCCAUGAAGUGGUGGGCAAACUGUUAACACUAAUACCUUUUGCAUGAACACGUUGUUGGGGGGGUUCCACCUCUGAUAAUUGAGGGUUUAAAGGCAAAUGUGACUCUAUUGAAUUUAGAUUUUUAAGCACUGACAGUGGGGAGGCAAGGGGCAGAGAGCAGGCUCUCCCUCACCACGACCCAAAGGCUGGUCCACAUUGGGUCCUGGGGUUUAUUCCUUGUUCUGUUUUGGAGUAGCACUUUACCCCACUCCACGUAUCUAUUACACUUCAAGCACUCAUUUUCCUGGCACUUACCUCUUGGUAGAUGAACAUCUAGUAAACAUCUUUCUGAAGCAGACAUAGGUUUGCUCUGUAGAUCAGUCAGAGGCAUGGAAACAUCUUCCUGUGCACUGCUUUCUUAAAACUUCUGUCUCUGGCCUUGUGUAUGUCGGGGG